AUGAGCUUAAUUGUCUUGGGAUCCACUGGUUUAGUCGGGGGUUUCGUUGUCCAAAAUGCACUCAAGUCCAAAGACUGGAGCAAAAUCACCACCCUCACUAGACGCGAGCCACAGUUUGCCACUCCUGGUGAAUCACGCAUAAACUCAAUUGUUGAAACCGAUACGUCAAAAUGGAGCACUGUCAUCAAAGACAUCAAGCCAGUUCCCUAUGCUUACAUCUCAUCAUUUGGUACUACUCGUGCUGCUGCUGGAUCAGCUGAGAAUUUUAAAGCUAUCGAUUACGGCAUCAAUUACAAUUCAGCCAAAGCUGCCAAAGAGAGUGGGGUCAAGACACUAGUAUUGAUCUCUGCUGUUGGUGCCAGUGCCAGCUCACCAUUUCUUUAUUUCCAAACUAAAGGUAAGUUGGAAAACGACAUCAUUGCAUUAGGGUUUGAUCAUACGAUUAUUUUGAGACCGGGUAGUUUGCUUGGGGAUAGAAACAAUGGCAAGAGAAAUGAGUUGCCACAGAAGCUCAAUGAUUUCUUGUUGAAUGUUCCUGGUGUUUCAUGGUUGUUCAAGGCAGUCAAGGCUAGUGAUGUUGGCAAAGUUGCCGUUCACUUUGCAGAGGCGGCUCAGAGGGGCGAGUUUACUGAGAAGGUCAAGAUUGUUGGUGGUGGAGAGUUGUUGGAGUUGGCAGCAAAGUUGUGA